GAAAACAAAAACUGAAAAGUCCCCUCUCCGUAGGCGGCUCUUCCGAAACGGGCGCUGGAGGCAGGGAGGUGGCUUUAGGGCGCAUGCGUUGUGGAGAAGCUGAGAGGCUUCCGUAGAGGCCUCUGUGUCUAUGGUGGGCCUCAAAGGGUAGAGCGGCUGCGGAAGAAACCAGGAUGGCGGCGCUAAGCGUUCGCCGGCUCUUUCUCCUCCCCGCCUGCGUCCUCCGUUCGUCGAAGUGCUGCUACCGCGGGGACUCUCCCUCCGACUCCGGGCGGGAUCUGCUGGAGAUCCCUCUGCCGCCUUGGCAGGCCCGGCCCCACGAAGCCCUGGAGAGGAAGCGCGCGAGGCUGCUGUACGAGAGCCGCAAGAGGGGCAUGCUGGAGAACUGCCUCCUGCUCAGUUUCUUUGCCAAAGAGAAUCUGAAUCGAAUGAAUGAGCAACAGCUGGAUCUUUAUGAUCGCCUGAUUAAUGAGCCCAGCAAUGAUUGGGAUAUCUACUACUGGGCAACAGAAGCAAAGCCUGCUCCAGAAAUCUUUGAAAAUGAAGUCAUGGAGAUGCUUAGAGAGUUUACCAAAAACAAGAACAGAGAAAAGAGACUGCAACAACCAGAUCUUGAAUAUCCUUUUUGAAGCUUCACACUGAUCUUGUGGUUUCUAGAGAAGGCCAUACAUUCUGGACAUCAUUUGAAACCUGUGGUAUUCAGGCCUCUUGAGUCCCACUCUUGUGAAAUAUUUACUGAAUGGUCAGUUAUCCAUGCUUUGCUUCUCUGUAAUAAAGCUACAGUGCUUUUUUUCUUGAAGACUAUUCCCCCCACCCACCCCCCCAAAAAGGAUGCGGUCCUUUAGAUACUUAGUUAUAGCUCCCAUUAAAUUCAAUGAAACUUACAUCUGAGAAGACAGGUAUAGAAGUGUUGACAGGGUACCUUUUCUGACUCAGAAUGCACUUCAGCAAUCCCACUGGUAUAGGACUGCAAGGUGAUUGAUAAAAACAAAAGGCAUGGUUGUGUGUGCUGGUUCAUUGAGAAGUACACAUGGUUGUUAUACAUAACAAAUUACAGUUGUAUCUCAGCUCCUGAACGCCUUGAGAGUCUAAAGUUUCAGCUCCCAAAUGAUCAAAAACAAAGUGAAUGUUCUGGUUUUCGAAUGUUCUUUUGGAAGCCGAACGUCUAACAGGGCUUCCGCGGCUUCCGAUUGGCUGCAGGAGGUUCCUGAAGCCAAUCAGAAGCCGUGCUUUGGAAGUCAAAUGUUUCAGAAGUUGAACAGAAUUCCGGAAUGGAUUCUGUUCGGCUUCCAAGGUACGACUGUAGUAUUAUUUUAUAUUCUGCUCAGUUCCAGGAUUCAUGGGCAGAUUUCUGUAUUGUACGAGUCUGCCCAAAAGGUGAACAAAUGACUGAGAAUCAUAGAUUUCUCGAAGUCUAUAGCACUCUUUUUGCUAUAAGUAUAUUUUCAAUAAUGAGUGGAUAGCAACCCCUGUGGGUUAAACCACAGAGCCUAGGGCUUGCCGAUCAGAAGGUCGGCGGUUCAAAUCCCCCUGAUGGGGUGAGCUAGCAGUUCGAAAGCACAUCAAAGUGCAAGUAGAUAAAUAGGUACCGCUACAGCAGGAAGGUAAACGGCAUUUCCGUGUGCUGCUCUGGUUCGCCAGAAACAGCUUUGUCAUGCUGGCUACAUGACCUGGAAGCUGUACGCCGUCUCCCUUGGCCAAUAACGCGAGAUAAGCGCCGCAACCCCAGAGUCAGUCACGACUGGACCUAAUGGUCAGGGGUCCCUUUACCUUUACCUAGCAACCCCAUAUAAGUAAUUCAUUACAGUACUGGACAUCUUAGAUGCUGAGGGUACAUUCCUAAAGCCAAUUGCUGGAGUUGGUGCAGUGAUCUGACUCCAUGCAGUCACAUGACAGCAGUGGAGUUGCCUCAGGCCUCCCCACAAGUGCAGCCUUGUCCUGGAUAUACUUACCAGUCUUCAGCUAUGUCAGCCUAUGCACUGUUGGAUGUGCCCAUCACUUUCCUUCCAUUCUCCUUGAUAGGUUGCAUUUGCUACUGUCUUUGUCCAAUUGCUACAACUCGUGUCCCUAGCCUAGGAGACUUUCCUUUUAUUCUUAGCCACAAAUAUUUUUGCAGGAAUUUUGAGACAUCAGUUGGAGGCUCCACCAGAACCUGUACAUAUUGGUGCUGUUAGUACAUCUUCAGUAGAUCAAUGAGGCCAACAUUAACAAGCUGCAUAUGGAAGAUUUGGUCCUUGCAUAUCGCCCUUGUGUAUGUCCUUGGCAGUGUGUGUGUGUGUUGUUUAUUUAUUUAAAGAUUUUUUUAAUCUCACCCUUCAGCCAAAAAAUAUAUAUGCUCUCAGCCUUACAAUCUAAAAAUACAUGACACAAAAGGAAAUGGAGGGAGCUAGGAGGAAAUAAGCAAACUGGUUCAAAUCCAAGUUUUCAAGCUGCUUUAAAGACCAGCUGGGAUGGGAAAAUGCAAGGAGGGGAGGCACCAAAAGUUACUGAUCUCUCAGCUGUCCCAGUGGAGUGGCCCUACAUUCCUUCUCUUCCAUCACUGGCAACAGGCAGAUGUAAUUACUGCUACUCGGUGACAGUGAAUGCAUGGAGGGGCCUAAUUUGUUCACACUGUGGAUGGCAGCCCCCAUUCUGUGGUACCUUCAUGUGAUUUUUGCAGGGGAAAGAGAGUCAUCUGUUGGGAAUUGCACCAGUGUCCCCAAUGACCUUAAUCCAACUUUGGACUCAAGGUUUUAGCUGUGCCUUGUCAGUGAAAACCGGUGGCACAUGGUUAUUGUCCCCCCACCACCCACCACUGACCCUAUGCUUUAUAGUCUGUGACUCCUGGGUACUCAGCCAUUCUUGUCAGUCUAUUCAUUUCACUCCUCUUUCCUCAUUUGCUACCGUCUGAUACAAUGGCAGCUGCCGCGUUAAAUGGUUACUGUCUGUCCUUUGUAGUUGUUGUACUGUAAUUUGAUGAGUAUGGCAGUUAGUGAAUACUCACUCUGUCUCCCUCCACCCCCAGAUGUAGAAUAAUUCUCACCCAUUUGCUGUACCAAGCAAAGUUUAAUAUAGGAAGUACAUAAUAUACUGUAAAACAUUAAACAUUCCCACUAAACAUUCGAAAAAACUUUCUGGCAGUAAGAGCUGUUCGGCAGUGCAACAGCGUCCCGUGAGAGGUGGUGGACUCUCCUUCCUUGGAGGUUUUUAAACAGAGAUUGGAUGGCCAUCUGUCAUGGAUACUUUAGCUGAGAUUUAUGCAUUGCAGGGGGUUGAACUAGAUGACCCUUGGGUCCCUUCCAACUCUGAUUCUAUUAUUUAUUACAUUUUUAUACUGCCUUUCAUUCAGAGAUCACAGGGCAGUUCUCAACUUAGAAAAACACAAUGAGAACAAAAAAAGAACAUAAAAAUUAAAAGCCAAAAGUAGAAUUUAACUUAAAAGGACAUUAUCUUUUCCCAGGACACAAAAAUGUCUGCCAUUUGCUACAAAUUCCUUAUUCUAAAGGGGACCACCCUUUUGAAAAUUUUAUGUGAAAUA